UCAAAACAAUAAACUCUCACCAGUCACCACCUUCUCCAUUAUUCUAUCUCACCAUAUCAUCCUCAUUUUUAGCUCCAAAAUCCCCAUUCCAAGCCUAAAUCUUUCAUCUUCAAGGUGAUCUCAAACAUUUUAAGGGGUUUUCUUGCUUAAGGACUCAGAUUUUCUCGUUUCUCUCAAGAAUCUUCACCUAGCUUUGCUAGUGAAAAAGCAGGAAGCAUAGGUUAACACUGUUUCUCCUCUCCAUAUCAGCACUCUCUUUAGUCGGACUCAAUAAUCCAACAAACAUCUCAAUGAAGAAGCUCUUGUUAUUUGCAUUCUUCUUGAUUUUCUACGCAAAUUGUCGGUUUACACAGUCAACAAAGCUCCAUACGCAAGAAGUUAAAGUACUGAAGGAAAUUUGGAAUAAGACAAGGGUUCUUGAUUGGGACUUUGACAAGGAUCCAUGCAGUUUGGAAGGGGACUGGCUCUACAGUGUUGACUGCAAUUGUUCUUUUGACGGAAAUACCACGUGCCGUAUUACUGGAAUAUUUAUAACGCAGAAGAAUAUCACAGGACCCAUUCCAUCCGAGUUUGCCAAGCUUAGGCAUCUUCAAAGUUUGGAUCUAAGUCAAAACUACUUCAGUGGAACCAUACCAUCUGAAUGGGCCACCAUGCCUUUGAGAAACCUCUUGCUUGAGGGAAACAUGUUAUCCGGUCCAUUUCCAACAACUCUCACCAAAAUGACCACCCUUCAAGCGUUGGUCUUAGAAGGAAAUCACUUUUCAGGACCCUUACCCAAAGAGAUUGCAAACUUGACAUAUAUGAUACAUCUUGAUCUAUCAUCAAAUGAUUUCACUGGCGAACUCCCAAGUGGAGUAGCAAACCUUACCAAGUUGACCACUCUGAGGCUAAGCGGAAACAACUUUACUGGAAAGAUACCGAGCUUUAUUGAGAAAUGGACACAAAUUGAAACACUUCAUAUACAAGGUUGUUCUUUUGAGGGGCCCAUACCUUCUAGCAUCUCUCGCCUAAUAUAUUUGAAGGAUUUGAGAAUCAGUGACUUAAAAGGUGGAGCUUCUACUUUUCCCUCACUAGCGAAAAUGCAAGAAUUGACUACAUUGGUACUUAGGAAUUGUUUUAUUCAUGGGAAAGUUCCUGACUACGUCGGAGAUAUGAAAGAGCUGACUACUUUGGAUCUCAGUUUCAACAAUUUGACCGGGACGAUCCCCUACUCACGUUUUAACGUACAGUAUAUGUACUUGUCACAAAAUAAUUUUACUGGACCUAUACCUAAAUGGAUAUUUUCAAGCACCAAUGAUGUGGAUGUUUCUUAUAAUCAUUUUACCUGGGAUGCUGCUACCGGUCAAAAAAACUGUCCAAGAGGGGCAACAAACAUUGUGGAAGGUUAUUCUUCGUCGCAAAAUGUAACCAUCAAUCCUUGUCUAAGGAAAGAUUUCCCCUGUACUAAAUCAGUUGCACAGCAAAUACAUUCUCUUCACAUCAAUUGCGGAGGGGAAGAAGUACACAUCAACAAGACCAAAUACGUUGACAAUUUGGAUGGAAAAUGUUCCUCAACAUACUACAAUGACGAAAAUUGGGCGUUUAGCAACAUGGGGCAUUUCUUUGAUUAUCACGGGGAUUCUAGUCCUUACAUUCUUUCCAACACGUCUAAUCUGCAUGAUAUCUCUACACACGAUAGCGAAUUAUAUACAACAGCUCGGGGGUCCGCUAUUUCUUUGACAUAUUAUGUAUUGUGUCUUAUGGAGGGGAACUAUACUGUGAAACUCCACUUUGCAGAGAUUGUUUUAACCCAAUAUAACUCAUCUAACAUCCUUGGGAAACGUGUAUUCAACGUUUAUCUGCAGGAGGAUUUAUGGUUAAAAGAUUUUGAUAUAGCAAAAGAGGCUGGUGGUGUUGGUAGGGCAGUUAUAAAAACCCGUUCAAUUCAUGUGAAGAAUAACACACUCAAGAUACGACUUUACUGGGCUGGAAAAGGCACUACUAAUAUUCCAUACAUAGGAUGUUACGGCCCGAUUAUAUCAGCUAUAUCAGUUGACGCGGAUUUUAAGCCACCAGGAUUUGGAAAAAAGACUAAUGUUGGUUUGACAGUGGGGCUGAUAGUGGGGCUGAUUGGUGGAGUUAUUUUGUUCUUAUGUCUAGACUUUUGGAUAUGGAAAAAAUGUUGCUUUAGGUAUAGGAGGGACGACAUAUUAGCAGGGCAUAGACACCUGCUAGGUGAUAUACGUGUCUUUAAAUUUUCGGAGAUAAAAGCUGCAACAAGUAAUUUUAAAUCAUCGAACAAGCGUGGAGAAGGUGGUUUUGGUAGCGUGUAUGAGGGGAAGUUGAAAGACGGGACAAUAGUUGCCGUAAAACAACUUUCUUCAAGGUCAAAACAAGGAAGAGAAGAAUUUAUAGACGAAAUUAGCAUGAUUUCCUCAAUGAAUCAUGUAAAUCUGGUCAGACUUGUUGGAUUUUGUGAUCACAAGCGGCCGUGUGUGGUUUACGAAUACAUGAGAUACAAUAGUUUAUCUCAGGCCCUUUCUGACAAAGGCGCUAAGGGGAGGCUGACAUGGCCUGUGAGGGUACAAAUAUGCAUGGGUGUAGCUCAAGGCUUGUUUUAUCUACACGAAGGCUCAAAUGUUCAAAUCAUACAUAGAGAUAUCAAGCCUAGCAAUAUUUUGCUUGACGAAAAUUUCAUUCCAAAAAUAUCGGAUUUUGGUAUAGCAAAGCAAAACCAAAACAGAAAAACCGACCACACCAAAAAUAUUAAGGGAACAAGGGCCUAUAUGGCUCCAGAGUAUGCAACGCGUGGGUGUUUGACUCCUUUGGCAGACGUUUAUAGUUUUGGAUUGGUGGCCCUAGAACUUGUUAGUGGAAAACCCGUCAGGCAGAGCUUUGCCGACGAUCCCAAUAUAUCCGUUUUUGAUAAGGCAUUUGUUCUAAAAGAUAUGAAAGGAGACCUACUAGAUCUGGUUGAUCCAGACCUUGGGAAUGAGUACUCUCCUGAAGAAGCAUUGCGUAUUUUAAAUGUGGCCAUCUUAUGCAUGGGGUCAUGCCCCCCCCUCAGACCAACCAUGCGUGAAACCAUCCAAUUGCUAGAGGGUCGAGCCGACAUUGCAGGAUUUCAGGAUGAAAAACGUAAUGUCAAUAAGGAAAAAGUUCUCGCCGAUUUCCAGAAGCUUAGAAAAGCUCUCCUAAUGGGCGAAACAUCUACCCAGCCCUUCGUGACGGAAACCUUCGUCACAGAGUCCAGUGUCGAGACAGAGUCCCUUAUCACAGAGUCCCGUGCUGGACCAUCCACCCAGCCCUUGGAAACGGAGUCCUUUGUCACAGAGAUCACCGAGUUAACGUAACACCUUGCUCUCUAAAUAGUUGGCGUAUUACAAAUAACUAUUUGUGGGUUCGUUAGGUUAGAUAUUGUGCACAUUAAUUUUAAUUAUGUGUGUAAGAAAUUGA